GGAGGUGUCACCCACUCGCCAGUCGGUUUGGAGUGCAUAAUUUGAGAAGCGUGUGGAUGGGGUGUGGAAAUAACUUAAAUUUGGGGGGAAAAACGGAAACCACAAAGUUGACACGUUAGGAGUUUGGUGUGCGCGUGUUUAUUACAUAUUGAACGUAUUUCUUGCCUUCAUCCGUUUGACUCUUUUUUUCCUGCUUUACGGCCGAGUGUUGUAUACUUGACAACGCGAGCAACUGUCCUGUCGAAGUUUGUAUUAAAUCAAGUGUUUUGCCCAAGACGUGGAAAAAACUGUAUUUGACAACUUCAAACACUCUAAAUGCUUGCAGCACCCCUUUGAACUAUGCUGAACGGCUUUGAACGAGUUCGGCGCGUUUUGGAAUAUUUAACCAUGCGUCGAGGGAACUGGGACACCGCGAAACAAUAGUGUGUGAGAGAAAGCUCAUCCGGGGGAGGUGAAUGCCUCGCGGCGGCUUUGUUCUGUUCGUGGAGACCUGCCGCCAGCUUCGACUGACUGAUCAACAGGGAUCCAGGCCCAGGCACCAUGGAUGGGACUCUUUCCGAGCUGUUGGCAGCCUUCUUGGAGUCGCCCCUCGUGUUGUGGGUGCGGACAUUGGGUCCACUGGGAUCAUGUGACAAUGCGGGUUCAGAAGAGCGUGUCAACAUGUUCGUCGAACUUGUGGAUGGCGUCUUCCUGCACAAGAUCAUGACACAAAUUGACCCCAGUCCAAACAACCAGAGGCUGAACAAGAAUGUGAACAAUGAUGUGUCGCUUCGCCUUCACAAUUUGACCCUUCUCAUGAGACACAUCAGGACCUACUACCAGGAUACCCUUCAGCAGUUAAUAGUGAUGCCUCUUCCAAACAUUCUCUCCAUUGCCAGGGAUCCCUUAUCAGAAAAGAGCAUGGAGGAGCUGAAAAGAAUUUUACUGUUGAUACUUGGCUGUGCUGUCCAGUGUGAGCGUAAGGAGGAGAUGAUCGAAAGGAUCAAACUGCUGGACAUUGAGACCCAAGCUGCCAUCGUCGCUCACAUCCAGGAGGUGACCCACAACCAGCAGAAUGUACUUGACCUUUCAUGGCUAGAGGAAGGAGCAGGGCUAGCACAGGAAGAGUUUGAACCAUUGUCACGCAGCAUGGCUACGUCUCUACAGCAACUGAUAGCGCAGAGAGACAAGGCCAGUGAGGUCAUUGUGGAUCUUACCCAGGAGAGGGACUACUUAUCCAGCCUGCAUCCCCAGGAAAGAUCAAUAGGUAACCCAGGGCAAGUGAAUACUUCAGGAGGUGUGAUAGUGAAUAACAAAGGAUCAGCCUUGGCUGUGGCCAGCCUUACCAAAGAAGAGAAGCAGCAUAUAUCUGUCGAGCUCGCGGACACGAAGGCCAAGCUUCGCAGAUAUAGACAAGAGUUGGAAGAGAAGACUGAGCAGUUGAUGGAUUCCAAACAUGAAGUGGAGCAUCUAGAUCAGGAGCUUCAGAGACUUAAACAAGAGAAUCAGUCACUGUCUUGUGAGGCUCGCUCUGUACGACUGUAUCGGGAUGAGGUUGACUCUUUGAGGGAGAAAGCGGCCCGGGUGGACCGACUCGAUACCGAGUUGACUCGGUGUAAAGAGAAACUCAAUGAUGUUCACUUCUACAAGAACAGAGUGGAGGAGCUUCGUGAAGACAACCUGACGCUUAUGGAGACUAAAGUUUUGCUGGAGGAGCAACUAUCAGUCUCCAGGGGGCGCUGUGAGAAAGUUCACGCGAUGGAGAAGGACAACCUGCUACUACGAGCUAAAAUACGUGACUUGGAAAUGGAGAGGGACAAUGAGCGCCGUCGGCUCGAGGAGCUGGUGGAGGAGAACAUGCUUCUGGAGAUUGGACAGAAACAGAGUAUGAACGAAUCGGCUCAUCUGGGAUGGGAACUGGAACAGCUAACCAAAAACCAAGACAAUUCUAUCUCGGAAACCCGGAAAUCGUUUGUCCAUGAGCUCAACGAGUGUGUCUCCAGUCGAGUUUUGAAACUGGAGAAAGAGAACAGCGAGCUGCAAACCUCGAUUGAAAGACUAAAAGAGGAGAAUCACCAGCUGCAACAGAAGCAACUCCAUACCCAAGAGCUGGACAGGGAUAACCAGGGUCUCAGUACCAAGUUGGAGCGUCUCCAAGGCUUGCUGGACCAGGAGAAACUGACCAAUCAAGACAUGGAGUCACUUGCGGAGGAAUUGUUGAAGGAGAAGCAAAAUCUGGAAAGAGAAAUGCACGCUCUAAGAGCAGACAAAGACCGACAGAUUUCAGAAUUGGAGAGUGAGAAGCAGCAUCUUUUUGAUGCUAUGGUGUCGCUUCGUGAGCGGGCGCAGUCUCACAGUGAAACAAGGGUCCGCGAGGUGGAAGCAGAGAAUCGCCACCUACACCAAGGCAUUACUGAUACCAGUGCCCGGUUAGCAAGUCUGGAAACUCAACUCAUGCUUUCCAAAGAAGAGGCAGAGAGGCUGAGGGAGAGGGCAGAAAGAUGCAGUGAAGUCGAGAGGGAGAUGGCCAAGACGGAGAGAAACAGGGAUGCUCUUAACAGAGAGGUGACAUCUCUGCGUGCUUGCAGCGAGAGGUCAGAGUUUCUUGAGAAGCAGGUGUCCUCCCUGGAGCAGGACGUGCACAGACUGAAACGGGAAGCCGAGGAGGCUCAACGAGGGCUUCAGCAACUGAAGAGACAGGAAGCAGCAAAUAGCCUCCUGACAAAGGAAAACCUGGACCUCCGCCGCUCCGUGGAAAAUCUGCGCUCCUCAGCGUCUCUUCUCACAAAACAACAGGAGGACUACAAGGAGGUGCAGAAAGAGUUGCAAGAACUGCAGAGGAGAUUGGAGGAGGUCAGAGUGGAGCUACACGGCGAGAGGAAGAGAGCAGAGAGGCUGGAAGUCAGUGUUGCCACACUAAAUCAAGAGAAGCAUCGCUUAGAGGGUGAGAUGGACAAGUUGAAAGAGGAGCGGGAACAAAUGGAGAGGGAGGAGCAGGAAGCAUUGCGUAGGCAGGAAGAGCUGAGAAAGGAAAUAGAAGAUCUGAGUCGGGAGCAGAGGAGGAGAGAGGAAGGGGACAGGGAGAGACGGAAGAUGCUGGUGGACCUGGAACAGUCUGAGAAGGGAAGGAAGCACCUGGAAAAAGAGAGUUGGAGGAACAGAAUGCUCCUGGAAGGUAAGGAGGCGGAGCUGGAGGAGAAGGCUCGUCAGUUGGCUCUGGCGGAGAAGAACGGCGUAGAUUUGAGAAAAGAAGUGAAUUUGCUGAAGGAGGUGGCACUCAAGGCCAAAGAGUUGGAGAGGGAGAACAAGGAGCUGCACAAACAGGCCACCAUUGACAAGAGAACGUUGGUUACACUUCGAGAGGAGUUGGUGUCCGAGAAAUUGAGAGUCCAGCAGCACAGCGUCGAGUUGGAAAGACUCAAUGAAGAACUGGAGAAGGUGGGACUCAACCGAGAAAGACUACUGCAGCAGGAGCACAUGCUGGAAGACAGCAAGUACAAGCUGCUUGAAUCCCGACUGGAGGAAACAGUCCAACAGGCAAUGAAGAUUAAAGAGGGCAAAAUCUCCAAUCUGGAGAAGAAACUCGAAGAGAGCAACACACGCAACGCCACACUACAGAAUGAGCUAGCUACUGCGCUUGAGAAAGUGUCUACCUUCCGUGAGCAACGGGAGAGAAAAGAAAACCACAACCCCCCUGAGUUCUCAGGAGGAGACGGACGGGGCAGCUCAGCAACUGCUGAGCUUCUCCGUAUCAAAGAUCAUCUCAUUGAGAUCGAGAAGAAUAAUGCCUCACUGCAGACUCGGAGCAGUUUGUUGAAGGAUCAGCUUAAACAACUUGAGCACCAAAACACUUCACUCAACAACCAAAUGGCGACACUGCAGCGACACACCACAGUGCUGCAGGAGCAGAAUUCAGCUCUGCAUACUCAGACAGCACAACUUCAGGUGGAAAACUCCACACUGUCGUCCCAGAGUGCAUCUCUCAUGGCUCAGAAUGCCGUGUUGCAAGGCCAAGUCACCGCCUUGGAGAAUGAGGUCGAGUCAUGGCAAAGACAGCGCGAGGAGGCCUGGCGAGGCAGAGAAAGCGUUCUCAAUGACCACGAGCGCUUGCUGAAUGUACAUGAGAGGCAAGCACAUGAGUACGAGGAGUUGAUCAGUCAACACACGGCUCUGAAAGUCAAGCAGAGGACACUAGAAGGCGAACACAGAACAAUGCACAGCAAGUAUUGCGCUUUGUUACAGCAAAAAGAGAAAUGGGAGGAUUUAGAAGGGCGAGGUCAGAAGGAGAGAGAGGCAUUAAACCAAGAGCACCAGAAGAAUCGGCUACUGCAGCAAGAGAACCUUCAACUUAAAAAUGAAGUGGACAGGAUGUCACAUAGCGAAUCCCAGCAAUCUGCACAGUGCAAUGCGCUCCAGCAGCAGAUGAAUGAACUCAAGACCUCAUUUAGCACUGCUCAGCUAGAAGUGAAUCGAUGGAUGUCCCGGUAUGAUACGCUCAUGGAGCAACACCAGGGCUUGGACCUCACUAUGACCAAGCUCGACAACCACUGUGAGCUUUUAAGUCGCCUGAAAGGGAAUCUAGAAGAAGAAAAUCAUCACCUGCUGAGCCAGAUCAACCUUUUGAGUCAGCAAAACCACACUCUGCUGGAAAGAAGCAUGGAGAGCAAAGAGCUUUAUCAUCAGGAGCAGAAGCUGUACAUUGAUAAACUGAACACUCUUCGUCGUCAGAAAGAGAAAUUGGAAGAGAAGAUCAUGGACCAGUACAAGUUCUAUGACCCUACACCCAAAAAGAGGAGUCAUUGGUCCGGCGCCAAGGCUUUCGUCAAACUCAUGAAACCGAGGAAGGAGAGGAGCAGGGAGCGAGGUGGAGAUCAAGACAAGGAAGGGACCCAAGAGAGAGAAUGGACAAAGAGUGCACCUGACAUCCCACUACCUGCCCCCCCUCCAUUACUCCCCCCAGAAACCCCACCCCCUGGCCCUCAGAGAACAGGAAAUGAGUCCUGGGACAAUGGCCACACUCACAGUAAACAUAAUAACCACAGCAACAGCCCAAGCCUGGGCCUCCAGAGUCCAACAUUGAUGCCCAACAGCCGAGGUUUGACUGACAGAGGACGAGGGGUGUAUCAUUGCAGCACACCAGGAGGUAGUAGUGAGAGUGUCACUGGAGAAGAUGGACAUGGCCUCACACAGACCCACAAAGCUCUGAGUUCCACCCCAAGCCAUCAAUCUUCUUCACUUGCCCUCAGUAGCUGCAGGCCCAGAGGUGUACUCUUCGACGAAGACACUGAGACCGGAUUUGGUCCACGUGGUCACAUGGGAUGUCGUCCAGGAUCAGCUGACUUUAGUCACCAUACCUCCAGCUCAAACUCACCGGUCAACUGCAAAGAUGCAUCCGAUUGUCACCUCCGGUCAGCGAGCCUAUCCAGCGAUGAUGUCAGGGGUCUCAGCCAAUCACAGCAGAUCUUGUCACGCAGCGCAACUCUCCCAUACGAUCAAGCACCCCAGCGGGCCCAACCACAGCGUGGAGGCGGCAUUAGAAGUAGGGGUCGCCCUUCAUCUCCCGGAAGUGAAAUAGUGUCACUGGAGGAGUUUCUGCAAGAGAGCAACCUGAAGUCACCACAAACGGUUCCAACAGAAACCAGAGAGGAAUUAAUGAUUGAAUACUUCACCAGAAGUCCAGCCUCUUCGGGUCCCACCGGUAAAGAUCAGGGCACCCCCACCAGCUACGUCACACCCACCGUACAUGCAUCUAACCAGAGGCCGGGCCAAAGUGUUAAGCCAUCUUCUCGGCAGCCUGUCAGCCAGUCGCAGGCCUCUGGCCGACCUGUGACCCAGAGGAUCAACCAGUCACUGAGCAGGACGUUCAGCCUGGCCUCUGCUGAUUUGCUGCGCUCCAACGGGCCAGACAGUUUUCAUGGAAACGGGGGAUCUGCGAACCAGUCAGAUGCGGUGGUUCGGAGGCAAGGAGGAGGGACGAAUGGAAGGGAGAGGCCGCUCUCUGCACGUUUGGCUAGCUCAACCGAUCAGCACAGAGACGGCGGCAUCCCGAACUCCCCCAUUCACCAUUCGUCUUCUCUCACGCUACAGACAGACAGACAUGUGGAGAGAGAGCGCGGUAGAGGACGGACCUCUGUGUCCCCUAACGGCCUCUCGUCGUCUUACUAUCAUCGUGGGGAGGUUGCCAUGGUAACCCCUGUGAGGGCUGUGCCCACUGCUCAGCCGGACGAAGCCUUGGAACAUGGAGAGGUGUUCGGGGAGGAGCGCCCAGGUGAGCCUUUUCGCCAAGACAAAGACAGUGAGAGGGUGAGAUGCACCUCUGCGGAACGCCCAAAAAGCACACCCGCUUCCCCUGACCCCAACAACGACCCCCAGACUGUGUGGUAUGAGUACGGCUGUGUCUAAUCACAGAUGCCAAGACAAGGAUUCGGUUAGGUCUGUAUAAAAACGGGAACACGGACCACAGUCUAUUUUCUGGAGCUUCUAUUUGACGAAAACCAUUAGACAUCAAUGCCCAGCACUAGUGAACAUCUUUAACGGGAAGUACGGAAAUGAAGCCGGAUUUCAAAAACCGCAGUUUUGGGAUGAAGAAGCGAUCAAAGCUAUGACAAGUGACCUCAUUACAAUUCUCCUGGUUUUGGCUUCCUCGGAGCAAUGGACAAAGGGCUUGUGCUACUAAAUCCUCGAAGCACACUUAAUUCAAUCAGUAGCGCGCAAAAUAGUAAACAUAUCAAGUAUCAUCUCAAACAACCACCGGAAAAGGUGAGCAGAGAGGGGUGGCGAUGCCAUGCCGAAGUGUAUUUAUGAAUUGAGAGAGGCAGUGAGAAUACUGUAAAAAAGCGGGAUGCUGAAACAGGAGCGAGGGUCGCGAGGAUGGGAAAUGUGAGGACAGCAAAAUAAACUGCGGAGAUUGGAAGUGUCCACAUGCACCACUGAUAUUUGACUGAGUCAACACUAUUCUGCCUUUCAACCAAGUACAGUGGGAGUGAAAGAAGCAGCCAAAUGGUUCACCAAUACUGAUUGGUCUCGUCAUAGCUGUGAGAGAAACUGGCAAGUGAAUUUUGAGCCAUUAUACCAGUGAGAUCAGUCAUUGAAUUCAACGCAAAUUGUGCUGCGGUUUGGUGUUGUCUGGCCCCUUGUCCAAGACCACUGUGGUCUGAGCCCCAACCAACUUCACCAAAUAUACACGGGGUUAUUUGAUACAUUUCAUAACUUUAACAGUAAGGAACACAAUCAUAAUGAGAAACUGAUACCGAAUUGUACUGACUUGUGCUUGUUUUUUUUUUUUUUUUUUUUUAAACAUAGUUUAAUGAAUACAUACUACUGGGAGGGUGAUGGUGAUUGAGGUGUUAUCGAACCUUUAGAUCGAUUUAGUUCAUCGCAAUGAAAUCCACCAAGUGUUUGACAUUUUAUAUUCUCUUGCUAAACACAUUUAUGACAUCAGAGCAAAAUGCCUGAAAGUGUCAUAUUAGUGCAACUUUUUGGUUCCUUCCAUGCGUGCACGUGUCUAGUGAAUAUAAAACAUUUACGCACACCUUUGUAUCAAACUUGAAAAUUGAAACUUAAAAAUGGUGGAACUUGUGGGCUGACUCCCAUUCAACGUCAGUUUAAAAAACUGCCACUGGUUAAUUUUUAACCAAGGCGGGAUUUUUGGUUAAGCUAACCCAUUUUAAGAUUAAAAAAAAAAAAAGUAAAACUUGAAUGUAGUUACAGUCAAACCUCGGUUUUCGAACGUCUCUGUUCUCGACCAAAUCAGUUUUCGACCAAAAAUUAAGAGUUUUUUAUGCCUUGGAAAAUGACCAGAUUUCGGUUCUCGAACAAACUGAGCGCACUUGAAUGCGUCACUUGACUCCCCUCGCCUUCCUUUACACAAGGGAGAGAGUGACGCUUCCUCGUGUAGCGUUGCAUUGUGCACAGACGUGUUCAAUAAAGAUUAUAUUUUACUUUUAAUGCGUGGUUUCGGUUUUCGAACGGAUUAUGGUCAAAAACCGAGGUAUGACUGUAUUAGCCAAUGCUUUGUUGUCCUCAUCCGCUGCCAGGGUGCAAAGCACACUCCACUCACAGUCAUUAAUAAAUGCAACUUAUAAUCACUACAUAUAUAUACAGUAUGUGUGUGUGUGUGUAUGUGUGUAUAUAUAUAUAUAUAUAUAUAUAUAUAUAUAUAUAUAUAUAUAUAUAUUGUGUGUGUGUGUGUGUGUGUGUUUGUAGACACACACAGUAAUUCUGUAAUUUCGGAACGGGGGAUCUAUGUGAGACAGGCAGUGAGAGAAAGGUGAUGUUCGCGAAUCUCAUUUUGAUGAAGCUGAUUUUCUGACUUCAUAUACAUUUAUGUACUGCUGUCUGUAAAUAGAAAUGUGACCUUCCGGCUUUUUGACAACAAAGACUUAAAAAAGGUCUAGAAAGCCAACAAGGAGAGGAUGUUGACACUGGAAUUGUAGUGAUCAUGUGGAUAUGUGGAAGCUUUCUUCUGCUCCCCUGUCAGGUGUCAAGCACAUUUUACUUUAUGCAACGAGCUAAAUUAUUGUGACUGUACAUACUCGAAACCGCAAAGGUGGCUUGUCUUUUGUAAAGUUUGAUUUAUUGCAUCAAAAACACAGUUGAGCUCUAAACUUAGAAAAACGGACUGAUAAUUCCAUUGGAAAUUUUGAUAUUCAUAGGGAAUAGGAAUGCGAUUAAUUAGUGACUAAUGUGAUGUGACGACUUGACACUCAUACUUGAUGCCAGUGGUGGUGUUUUCACCUCCCUACGUUUUAUUCUGGUUUAGGACGUCUGUGCUUAAGGUAGGACGCGAUGUGGGUGGCUGUCCACCAUUUUGCUGAUGCUUUAAGAAAAUAAAUGGAAUUCCUCCAGGCUAUUUUUUUUUACCGGCUGAAAUAACACAAACUGUGUGUCUGCCAUUAUUACUGUUCUGUUGGCUGUCUGAAAGGAAAGUGUAUUUGCAUUGCUGAACUGUUUUUAUUUUUGUCUGUCCACCAAAAUGCCCUACUGUCUGGUCUUCACGGAAGCAUCUCGCAGCUUUAGGCGAGCGCAGUGAAGGUUGAUGUCAAAGACAUUUUCCUGUUGUAACUGGAAUAAACGCUUAUGUCGUUCACUUUACUAAUUAAUGUUGACAGGCCUGUUGUGACGUGACUAUUAUUAAAAGGCUUCUAGACUUGUGAACUAGAUACUUUUUGCAAUAAAAACUUCUCAACUUGA